UUCAAAGCUCAUAAAAAAGCCAACACAUCUCGCCUUAAACAAAAAAACGGCAGCUUCGCUACCUCUCGAAGCUUUCAGUAAUUGAGCCAUGAAGGACACUCUGGAAACCGGAAUUCAUUCUUCUGCUCUCCAAAUCAAUGACCUCAUUCGAAUCGACGGUGCCGCCAUGGAUCUACCAGAGGUUCCCGAGAGAGAGAGAGAGAGACAUCCAUCAAUGCGUCGCCGAAUGCAAGCUUGGGUUUAUUAGAUAUGGUGGAGAUAACUGUUUCCACUCUCCGGGUCAUGUAUAAUGGAAAGUGGGAGUACGAUGUUUUUGUGUGCUUCAGAGGAGCCGACACCCGCAAUAGUUUUACUAGCCACCUCAUGGAAGCGCUCUCUCGCGAGGAAAUCAAAGCCUUCAUUGAUGACAUGCUCGAAAAAACAGAGAGCAUCGGCGAGCUAAUCUCUGUCCUACAAAGAUCUGCACUAUCUAUCGUGAUUUUCUCGGAGAAUUUCGCAGAUUCAAGCUGGUGUUUGGAUGAAGUGGCCACCAUUUCUCAAAUCAUGGAAGAAUUCGGACACCGGGUGCUUCCGAUCUUCUACAAAGUGGAUCCAUCCGAUGUUUCAGAGGAUUGUGGGAGUUAUGCUGCUACCAUUAAUCUAAAAUAUGGAGCUAGCAACGUUCCAGAAGAUAGGAAGAGGUGGAUGGGUGCUUUGAAAGCUGUGGCUAAUUGUACUGGCCAUACCUCGCAAGAAAUCAAGAUUGACUCCGAGUUAGUUAAGGUGAUAGUGAGUGAUGUUUUGAAAAGACUCGUCCACAUGUCACCGAGAGUGAAGUCUGAUAUGUUGAUUGGCAUGGAUGCUCGCAUUUGUGAGGUUGAAAAACUACUGGCUUUGAACGUGAAUGAUUUUCGGAUUAUUGGACUUUGGGGGAUGGGUGGGGUAGGGAAGACCACUUUGGCUAGAGCUUGCUAUCAAAGGUUUACAUCCUCUACGAAAGGAACAAAGCGUCAAUUUGUUCGAAACAUCCAUCAAACACGUGAAAAGGAAAAUGGGAUGGUAGGAAUCGUGCAAGAACACUAUUCAGCAUUGUUGUCCGAGGACAACAUAAGUUAUGAAGAUUUGGAUGUUAGUUAUAGAAGGGAUCGUCUUUCUCGGCUGAAGGUGUUCCUUGUUUUUGAUGAUGUGGAAACUUUUUCAGAGCUAGAGCACUUGUUGUUGGGAGAUCUUUUGAAUACCUUCAAUUUGUUUGCCUUGGGGAGUAGAAUUAUUGUGACAACGAGAAACCGAAGAGUGCUUGAAAAUGCAAGGGCUAAUAUAUACUAUGUUGAGGGUUUGCAUUCUCAGGAAUCUCUUCAACUCUUUGGUAUACAUGCAUUUAGACAGUACCUCCCCCCUGAUGAUUGGAUGCGUUUAUCAGCUGUGGCUAUAUCUUACUGCAAGGGAAGCCCUUUAGCCAUAAAAGUUCUAGGAGGUACUUUGUAUUGCAGAGACAAAAGUUACUGGGAGAGUUUCUUGUGUGAACUGCGGAAAAUUCCCAAGCCGGAAAUUCAUGAUGUGCUUAGGAGGAGCUAUGACGAGCUUGGUAUUGUUGAGAAGAGAUUGUUUCUCGAUACUGCUUGUUUUCUUCAUCGGCAGCGGAAAAAUUUAGUGAUGAAAUAUUUUUCUAUUGGUUAUCAAUGUGCCAAUUAUGUACUAGAGGAUCUAAUUGGUAAGUCUCUGCUCAUCCGUGUCUCCAGCGAAGAUUAUGAGAACAUUGAGGUUCAUGAUUUGCUAAGAGAAAUGGCUUGGAACAUUGUUAAUGAGGAAUCAGAACUUGCAAAUCGCAGUAGGUUGAAUAAUGCUGAUGAUAUUCGCAAGAUUUUAACAAUUCGGAAGGUGAAAACAGAAGGCAUUAGUUUGAACCUUUUCAAAGCCAAUGAGAUGUAUUUAGAAGCUACCACAUUCGAAGGGAUGACUUCUUUGAGAUUUCUCUGCUUCGUCUAUUUUUCAGAAGAGCAUGGAAUUCGCAAAGUUCAUUUACCAAGUGGUGGCCUUGACAUGCUUCCUGACAGCUUGAGGUGGCUGCUAUGGGAUGGAUUCCCUUCAAAAUCUCUACCAUCAAGAUUCUCUCCUGAAAACCUUGUCCUGCUUGCUAUACGACAUAGCCCAUUCAUAGAAAGAUGCUGGGAAGUUCAGCAGCCAAAGCUUGUGAAUCUAGUGGAGCUUCACCUGUCCGACUGCAUAAAUUUAACUGAUGUCCCAGACCUGUCGAGUUCUCCAAAUCUCGAGUACCUUUAUCUCCAGGGAUGUAAAAGCCUGAUCGAGCUACCAUCUCAUAUUCAAUAUUUGAACAAGCUGAUUACACUGGAUCUUGGUGAUUGUAUAAAUCUGCACAGUCUUCCCGUGAAACUCAACUCAAAAUUCCUUGAGCAUGUUUACUUGUCCAACUGUCCCAUGGUUAUUCGUUGUCCGGAGAUUAAUUCACGAUUGGUGCAUUUAGAUUUGAUGGAGACACCUGUCAGGCUGUCACAGUCUUGCCGGGUGCAAUUUUCAAUGUGAAGCAGGGUAGUAUCCUCCGUCUCUGCGGCAAACACAUCACCAGCUUCCCAGCAAUUUCGGCAAACUUGAACUUGUUUCGGCUGUGCCAUACCACAAUAAGAGAGAUGGAAUCUUAUGAUGAAGAUCACCUAGCUUCUUCUGAAUUACUAUUGCCACGAUUUGUUCAACUGGAGUUGGUUGACAACCCGCAACUCAAGAGCUUGUCAAUGAAUAUCUGGACGAUGGUCUCUCAAACACUCGUACUUGAUGAUUGCCCGUUGAUUGAAAGUUUGCCAGAGGUCUCACAGCCUGUUAAUGGCUUAACUGAGCUUCAAAUAUUCAAAUGUGGAAACUUGGAGAGUUUUCCAGCUGGUAUCAACAAUCUGAGAUCUUUACAGGCUCUCUAUUUCUGUGCCACAGAUAUUACGUCUUUGCCUGCUUGUAUCCAGGAGCUGGACCAGCUCUCUCUUUUAGAUCUGUCCUUCAGCAAAAGCCUCGAGCUUGUUCCGAGCGCCAUCCAUAAACUUGCCAAGUUAUCCUCUUUGUACUUGACGGGCUGUUCGAUGAUUCAAUCUUUACCAGAACUCCCGCCCAAUCUUAUACUGUUGGAUGUAAGUGGUUGCAAGAUGUUACAAGCCUUACCAAGCAACUUAGGCAAGCUGAGAUGGAAGUACCUGUGCUUUGACGAUUGCCCGCGAUUGGACAAGAAUCUUCCUAAAGAAAUGGUGCAGAAUUUCCCUAUUCAUGCAACUUUGUAUCUACAUCCUCGGGGCGAUCUUCAAUAUUCAGGGAGUGAGAUUCCAGAUUGGUUUGCUUACAAUAAGAAUGAUUCAUGUGUGAUGGUGCAAUUGCCGCUUCCAAACUCCAGUAAGCAACCAAUUAAGGGGAUUGCAUUCGGCGUUGUGUGUUCUUCGGAUGUUUGGAUCGACUGGCUGGAUAUUAAGUGCGAUUGCAACAUCGGCACCUUAACAGCUGCCUCUUGGAGCAGUCAUGGUUUACAUUUGGAUGGUACGGCAUCAGAAGAUAAUGUAUAUUUGUGGUAUGACGAGAAUUUGUUAGUUGAGACCAAGCAAAGAAUACUAGAAGAGGCUGAAAUUUGGUAUGUCAAAUAUGCUGGGCUCACCGUUACCUUCAGAUUCUACUUUGAAGCAGAGAAGGAAGAUGUCGAGAAACUAAAGAGCACCAAAAUCAAAAGGGUCGGCCUCUCUCUACUGUACUAACUGCUCGUAGUUUGGUGGAACAGAGUCUGCGUUGCAGCUCCUUUAAGACAUUCUAUAUCUCGUUUUGUGUCUGUAUCUGAAUCGUUCCUUUGCUUCUUGGCGUCCUUAGUUGAGCUAAUUCGCAAGUUGAGGUGGAUAUGGAAGGCAGGCUUUUGCAUCGAGUUGUUUCUCCUUGUAAGCGAGUGAGCUAAUUUUUAUUUGUUUGUUGUUUGUCACGUCAACAUUAGCUGUACAUGAUCAGAGAUUUAGAGUGGAACCACAAAAAUGGCGAGUUGUAUACUCAGAGAGCACUCAUGGUUCCUUCUUGUUUAUGAAGAAACCAGCAAUCAGCGACUUUCUUUCUCCCAUUCAACUCCCAACUGAUAUGAGCAUAUGAUGCCAUCAUCUCCAUGACAAGACAUGAGUUUUGCGUAUUCCUAUGUUACAGAGAUUUCCCAGAAACAAUCAGCCCCCACCUAACCCGCCUAACAACCUGAAUGACACAACUCUACAAAGGCAGUCACAAGUUAGGACAGCCGCCUUGCCGGUUAUCAGCCAGAGUAGAAUAAAAUUGCCUCCAUUUGACCUUUCACCCUCUAUGCCCGCCAACGACAUAGAACGCUGCAAUUGUCAUGAUCAAACUAACGAAAUUUACAUUCAGCGAUCAGCGUCAGCUUCCAUCCACAUUGAGUCCAAGCUCUCCUCCACAUCGCACAAAUUGAUCUUCGUAUGGUAAAAAUUUGAAUCUGCCAUGGCCUCCUCAGCAUCCCUUAACGAUGUUUAUCAUUAAGAACUCACCCUAAUGGACGGUUGAUUAAAGAGGGGAAAGAUUUCUUCUCAACAUUCAAAGCUUCUCACAAUGCGUCCCAGCCUGCUGAUCACAACCACUGGAUCAGCAUGCGACUCCUCGAGAUAUAUUGCGUGAUACUCCAGCCCUUUCCACUGGGCAAUCAACUGAAAAUGUGGGCGUCUGAACUCUGCGCUCACAAUCUCGAGAAUCACAGUUCUUGGUGUAGCCGACACAAUGUGAGUCAAGCCAGCACCAUGAGCGCCUAUGAUAACAGAAGCCUCUUGAAUGGCUCUCAGUUGCUCCCUCAUUGGCAUGUGUGCAAAUAAUCCAUUCACCACCUUCACUUUACACUCUGAAUGAUUAUUGUGUUUAUAUGAUGCCCAUUUCUGUACAGCAUCGAACACCUCUUCUUCAUUGCUGAGUCUCGAUUGAACCUUUCCAUCGUGGCGUGGGUGGGCCAAGUAAUCUUCCCUUCUCACAAAAAGGACAUUGAGGCCUGAAGCUGGCUUUUCGGAACCAGGCCUAUUGACCGGGAAGUGAAAGGCUGCUCUUAUCAUUUCUCCAAACUCUGACAAUCUUGCUGUCUUGUGUUCAUCAGGGUUCAUCCAAAGUUCUUUCCCAGGAGCUCCAUUACAGAAUAUAUCUUCAGAUAGACCCUUGAAGAGGGCAGUCUCAUAUCCCAGAGGAACAAGUACAGCAUGGCGGUAACACACUGAGCCCGUAAAGUUUUUAGCAUAUUGGAUGCUAGAGAAGAGAGCACUCCAGGUUUCUUCCAAGGGUGCCUGAAAAUUUUCUCAGGAAGGUGAGAAAUCACUGAGCGAGCUAGACAAGCACGCUUCAGACAAACCAAGGUCGAAGCACAAUAUGCAAUGU